UCCGGAGCAGCGGAGGCGUUCGCCACCGCUCGGCACCUGGGAAGUCCCCGGCUGUCCCGCGGUUGGGCGACACCGCGGCUCGCCGCUCCCGGGGUCUCUGGCGCUCGCCGGGAGGGCGACGAACCGCGCCCGAAGCUUCCCUUCCCUCCCUCCCUCCUUCCUGGAGCUGCCACCAGGCCUUCGCUGGGAGGUGGAAAUCGCUCCGGGGCGUCUCUGGUGCCGGGCUGGGGGACCACCUGCCUGGAAGGGGGAAAGGUGCGCCGGUCAAGUCAGCGCCUCCCGACCUGGCCAGCGUCCUUCCUCAAAGCAGCCUUUCCGCGUCCGGGAGCCGAGACGGGAGCCGAGAAAGGUUCCUUCUGUCUCGGUUUGCUCAGGAGACAAAACCCUAAGCUGAUCCUCCUCCAACGUGGAACUUUUGCACAGCACAAGCGUUGAUGGUGGUUGACAACUCUGGAUCUGGGAUGCUUCGUUCCCUGAACAGUUUGCCGUAUGCUGAGCAGCAUUUUCAUGGUGGAGGAGACCAUCCUUCCCCUGCCCCAGGAGGGUCCGGUUUCACAUCUCCUCCACAUCACUCUGGAGCUGAAGUCUCUGUGGAAGCUCUGGGCCUCAAGCUGGAUGACUUCAUCCCAUCCCACCUCCAGAAGAGCCCAUCUAUCCAUAGUGAGAGUCUCACCUCUCCUCAGGCAACGUCCACUCCACAGAGCAAACAGAAGCCCACAUGUCGUAGAAUUCCUGUGAUUCGUAACUGUGGGUCGAAUACCCUGAAUUUUGAAUUCCAUGAUACAGCUCCCCGCAGAGUGUACAAUGGGAUAUCCCAGCCAUGGAAAACAACUCAGUGGAGCUCAGCCAAUAACUGGUACCCAACCUGGCCUGCUAAAGAAAUUAGACCACUGAAAUCUCAAGCUGCUCCUGCUCCUUGCCUGGCUAGUUCGGUCAAUCACCCAACUGUGAAUGGCGUAGCACAACCAGGCUGGUCAGCUACCUGGACAAAAGAUGGCAAGAGGAAGGAAAAAUGUUGGGUGAAGUAUGAUGGGAUCGGGCCGGUGGAUGAGUCUGGGAUGCCCAUUGCCUCUCGAUCGAGUGUGGACAGCCCCCGGGACUGGUAUCGCAGCAUGUUCCAACAGAUCCACAGCAGACUUCCAGAAUCAGAACUGGAUUGGGAUUUCUACAAACCAAGAGAUCAUAAGCCUCCAGAAUUCAUGAAGAAGAACCAACCUCCAGUGAUGGCAUCAAGCAGUUCCUCUCACCAAAAGAAUGGCUUGGAUUGGAAAAAUUGGGAAACUGCAGACGCCACCGCCAUCGAGCCCAGGAGCAUUUUUGACUACGAACCUGGGAAGUCAUCCAUCCUUGAUAGUUCUACUUUGGCCAAGAAGCCCUUCACACCACCUCCAGCGCAAUGCCAGCCGCCCUCCUUGCCAAUUGAGGAGUUACUGGAGAAGGAGCUACGGCAGCUCAGCGAAGAGUUGGACAAGGAUAUUAGAAACCUUGAGCAACAGCAACUUAUCCGCAAGGUAGCUCCCAUGCAGGUGAAAGAAUUAUUUGUGGACUGCUCCAUUUUCCAAUUUAAUUCUAUAUAUAAUUCCCCGGCUGGUUCCUCCGCCUGCCCCUCUUCCCUGGCCUUUGCUGCCCUCCGCAGCCCACUGACAGGCUCUGGUAUCCAUCCUUCCAAGGGGCAAAGCCUUCCUAUAGCCCAGGGCCACAUACCAGCUAGCCCUAGGAUGGAGAAAGGAAGCCCAGGAGUCACCAGGAGUACUUGGAACAGUGAUCCACCCAGGAAUGAUCCUCUGAGGCUUCCUGGGCAAAGUCCCUUUCUUGAUUCUUCAGAAAUUGUUCUAGAUACUCCUCCAAAGAGAGAUGAGAAGAAGAUGAAAGCUGCUCGCCUCAAAUUUGAUUUCCAGGCAGAAUCACCAAAAGAACUGACCUUGCAGAAAGGUGACAUUGUCUACAUCCACAAAGAAGUAGACAAAAACUGGCUUGAAGGAGAACAUCAUGGCAGGGUGGGCAUUUUUCCUGCUAAUUACGUGGAGGUCCUGCCUCCAACAGAAAUUCCCAAGCCCAUCAAAACCCCUUCCAUACAAGUCUUGGAGUAUGGGGAAGCUGUGGCCCAGUACAGCUUCAAAGGAGACUUGGCAGUGGAGCUGUCCUUUCGAAAGGGUGAGCACAUCUGCCUUGUCCGCAGAGUCGAUGGGAACUGGUAUGAAGGUCGCAUCUCGGGCACCAACCGCCAGGGCAUUUUCCCAGCCAACUACGUGCAGGUGGUGAAAGAGCCAAGGGUGAAGAACUCAGAGGAAUAUCCUUCCUCCCCAGGCCUCCGAGCCCAUUCCAGCUCACCCUCCCAGGCACAUGCACCCGGCCUGGGCAGUAGAUGGCAGUCUGAGGCUUCGCCUUCAAGCCUGCGAAACACUCAGGCUGCAGAUAUGCUCUCCUCCUCCUCCUCCACCACCCCCUCUGGAUUCCUAUUUCCCGUGUCUCCAAAAUUUGAAAACAUGGAGGCCAUGACUUACCGAAUCCAGGAUACAUCCAGAGCUAGCUCUUUCAGUCCCCAGAGCCAGAGCCCAGGGAAAAUGCCCAGUGGUAGCCCCCAGCCUCUCACCUCUCUCCAGAUGAAGGACCCACCACAGCCUGCUUCUCCCAUAUUGACUUCCCAAGCACCAACUUCCUUUCCACUGCAGAAUUCUACCCCCGAGACAGUGUUUUCUCCAACUUCCAAGCCACGCGGUCCUGAACACACCACCAGAGCCUCCCCCUCCAACAUCCAAUGGACUCAGUACCAAGCUCUCUACCAUUACAGACCUCAGAAUGAGGAUGAGUUGGAGCUUCAGGAAGGCGACCGAGUGGAUGUUAUGCAGCAGUGUGAUGAUGGCUGGUUUGUAGGUGUCUCUAGAAGAACACAGAAAUUUGGCACUUUCCCUGGGAAUUAUGUUGCCCCUGUGUGACAAGCAGCCUCUCACGCGUGCCAUGUGGCAACUGAAUCAGAAUCUUCUGCUCUAGGGACUUGCUUCCUUGGAGAAGUGCCCACAAUCAGUAGACAAGAAGCAAAAGAGGGCGAUGAUGUGAAAGCUAAUCUUGGGCCCCAAGUUGUAUGUUUUGUCUGUCGCCUGGA